UAAAUAUUAACGAUUCUUAUAAUUACAGUGGACAGUAUGCCUUCCCAUAUAAUAUUUCAAACAGAAACGGACUCUUCUACCCUUAUGACUCUCCACGGUGGCAACCUCGUUCUGGCUUUGGGAUCACCUUGGAAACGGUCAACCCAAACAAAUGAUAGUCGCUUGAUUUGUUUCCAUUCAAGGAGAGCAUUUCGAAAAGUACAUUUUAACAGCAAAUGAAGUGAAAUGAGUGUACAGGACAAACAACAACCCGUCGACCCCAAAACCGAAUCCGAGGUAGUGCCACCGCCUCCACCAACAGCCGCAGGAAGACCCCGGCCACCCACUUCGCAACUCUUUUCGCGCGGUAAUCUGGUAAGCAGUCGGGCAGGCGGUGGGGAUAAGACAGCGCUGGCCAGACCAUCCACUGCGGUCCGGGCCGUGGGCUAUGCGGCCAACAGCAGUGGUUCCGCUGGCCAAAGGUUCGAUCAGUUCUUUCUGGAGAAGGCCAAGCAGCAGACACUCUCCUCGGCCAAUGCAGCCGUAGAUGCAGCCAAGGAAGUCAAUCCCCAGAUUAAGUACAAAAAUCUAGAGGCAAAGAUUGUGAAGCUACUGGAGGCAUCCAUUGUAUUGACCUCACGGAGUGCCAGUGGAGACGUUAAUCAGGAGGUAAAGUCUCCUCUGGCAGAUGCAUUAAACAAGGCCAAAGAAGCCUUCUCCUUGGAUCGAACACUGCACCGCUUUCGGGAUCAGCAGGGGGAGAAUGUGUAUCACAACUUUGAUUUGACCUAUGCUGUCUUUUUCAAUCUCGCCGAGCAAUACGAGCACAAUGAUAUGCACAUCGAGGCCCUCAACACGUACAGCAUUAUGACAAAGAACAAGAUGUUUCCCCAUGUCAAUCAGCUGAAGCUCAACAUGGGUAACAUUUACUACAAGAUGGGGAUCUAUCCGAAAGCCAUUAAAAUGUAUCGCAUGGCCUUGGAUUCGGUGCCCAAGAACCUGAACCAGUUGCGUCUGAAGAUCACCGAGAAUAUUGGCGUACUGUUCGUGCGGAUGGGCUCCUAUUCGGACGCUGCCUCCAGUUUUGAGUUCAUCAUGUCUGAGCGGCCGGACAUCAAGAGCGGGAUCCAUUUGCUGCUCUGCUACUAUUCCAUGGGCGAUGUGGAGAAGAUAAAGAGUGCAUUCCGCAAUCUUUGCGAUGUCCAGGCCGUCGAGAGUGAAAGCGAUCUGGACAGUGAGAAUAAUAUUAUCAAGCUGCAACAGCAGGCCGAACAGGCAGGACAAGUCGCAGGUGCACAGGAUCUACAAAAAUCCACAGAUGGUGAGGCCAGUGGUGGUGGUGCCGAAGUGGCCGUAAUCGAUGCCGAGGGUGGCAGCACCUACGAGAAGGUACAAGAGUCCAUCAAUACCUCGGCCAAGGCAAAGAAUCGUUCUGUUCUGCAGGCCCUCAAAACGGAUGAGCUGGCUUUGUACACCAAACAAAAGAGGAAUGCCGAGAAGCGUUCCAUUACAAUGAUUGUGGAUCUAAUAUCACCUAUAAUUGAGGAGAACUACAAUGAUGGCUACAACUGGUGCAUUGAGAUCAUCAAGACAUCGAAUCUAUCCUGGUUGGCCAAUGAACUUGAACUAAACAAGGCCUUGGUCUACCUUCGACAGAACGAUGUAAAUCAGGCCAUCGAAACCUUGCAGAUGUAUGAUCGCAAGAGCGAGGGAUCCAUGACAGCCAGUGCACUGACAAACCUGAGUUUCAUUUACAUAAGUUUGGGCAACCUGGAGAUGGCCUCGCAUUGUCUGAAUCAGCUGCAGGAUAUCGGAGCUCUGGAGACAAAUGCUUUGGCCUUGAUUAAUGCUGGGAUUGUGGAUAUGCAGAAGCAGAACCUAGGUUCGGCCAGGGAUCGCUUCGAGCGAGCCCUGCAGCUGCAACCCACAAACUUUGAGGCCAACUAUAAUCUAGGCUUGGUGGCGCUCGCUCAGCAGGACUUUCAGCAGGCAGAGGAGCAGUUCGAGCUGCUGAAGGCGCAGCUAAUGGUGCCGCACUCGGUGCAGCAUAGCCAUGUCUACUAUCAGCUGGCAAAGCUGCAAGAGCGAAGACUCAGCAAUGGCUCUGGUAUUGUGGGGAGCGGCUUUAAGCCAACGGCAACCCCUGGAGCACUGCAGGCGUAUCUGCAGGUACUGGGUAUAUCUGCCGCCGACAUCGACUCGCGUCUGUUUGAGAAGGUCGGCUCCAUGUAUGAGCAGAUUCAGGACCAUCAGGAGGCGAACCAGUACUACAAUGAGGCCUACCGCAUCAACAUGAGCGACAUUAGCAUUGCCAGCUCCAUUGGCUCCUACUACAUUAAGUUGCAGGCCACGGAAAAGGCCCUCUACUACUACGAGCGAGCGGUUCUGGCUGAUCCUAAUGACCCCAACCUCAUGCUGCGUAUCGCCAGCUGUUUCCGAAACUCCUAUCUGCCGCCCAAGCAGUAUCUGGGGAUGUUCGAGAAGAUCUAUGCUCGAUUUCCGGAUAACCUUACCUGCGUGCGGGCUUUGAUGCAGGUGACCAAGAGCCUGGGUCUCACUGAUCUCCACGAGAGGUAUUCCCUGGACUAUGCCCGACUCCACAAGCUGCAACAGGAGCGACAGAACGAGCAACGCUACCAGCAGCAGCGUCUAUCAUCGGCUACUUCAAGCAGUAGUCGAAUGAGAACUAUCCGACCAUCGAAUGAGGAACGUUUGCAGGAAAACAGCGAUCUCUCUGGUACAAUGGCUUACAGACAGAGUUCGGCCACGUUUUCAGUUCAACAAUUUGAUCCUUUGGGUCCGCCAGCAGAGCGUCCACGCACCGGCAUGUUUCGUGGCCAACACAGCAGAGAUGAUUCCGAUGAUGAUGCGGAGAUGAAUGCCGAAAGCUUGUUGCCCAUCUAAAUGUCAUAGUUUCUUAAAAUAAAUACAUAUGUGUAUCAAAAGAUAUUCCAAUGUUGGCUUUAAAUAUUUUUAUUACGCUUUCAAGGCCAAUAAUACAUAAAUCUGUGUUGUGUUUUGAUAUUAAGUUCGAAAAUUUAAAAUGAUGUUCUUUCUAUUUGGAAAAACUCGACUGCCUUUAUAAUUACUGACCAUAAUUAUCGACCUUGCAUCAGCCAAAAGCGUUGAACCCUUUGUUCGUUUUAACAUUUUUGGAGUGUCACACGCUAAUUAAAUUUACGUGAUUUAUUGAGUAAAACGUGUGUGUUGUUGGGUGCUUCUAUUGUAAGUUUAAAAUUUCGGGGGGGGACUUUAUAAAUGAAAGUGGGUUUUCGAUUCGACAGACGGAGGCGGAGAAUACCAUUUUAUGAAUACACAUUACAUGGGAACAGUUAUAGACACAGAUACACAGAGCUUCUUCAGAUUGAAUUCUUUUACAUUUCCCCCUCAUAUUCCACUUUUCUAUUCCUUUCUCGUUUGAGCGCGUUCUACGAUUUAGACAAAAA